CUACAACAAUGUGUAGGAAAUAUAAUCUUAAAAUAUUCUUUAUACAAAUAGUAACAGUAAUACUUAUUGUAAAUUUUAUUGCGGCCGGUUUAUUGGAAAAACUUACAGAGAAAACUUCGAAAGAUUCGGAUUUACAAACUGCGCACAAGACAGAAAUUUCAAAGCAAGAGACUGCCGAUAUUUUGUCAACAGGACAGUAUUUUCAAGACAUAUUUUCUGAACAUUUGACUCCUUUCAAAAUUGAGUUUGGUCAUGUUUGUGAAAAUCCCAUUGAAUGGGAACAAAGAUUUGAGCGAAGGGAUUUUGACAACAAUCGCCAUAGUGGCAAGAUAAAAUGGGGCAACAAGAGAGGACAUUACGGCGAACAGUAUUGGGAUUUAAAUCACUAAUACUGCAAUUCUAGACAAAAUUGUAAACCUCGUAAUUUGUUCUCGUAAGACUCGUAAGAACUUAUAAGUAAAUCUGCAAUUCUAUGCGGACCGUAUGUCAUAUGAUAACUCGUAAAUAUCUAUGAUUCUUUUUUUGUUUUUUUUCAUAAGCUAUGACUUUACGAUUUUACGAUUUACUUGUAUAUUUGCUUAGAAUUGCAGCAUAAAUUUUGCUAAGGGAUUAAUUGUUUAUAAGUAAUCAAUAUGAAAUAUUUUUAUAUACACAAAAAUUAUACAUAAUAUUAUUGCUAUAUCAUUAGUUAUCUAUCUAAUAAAAAUGUAAUAAACGUUUGCUUCAAAUAGUACAAUCAAAUUAUCCGGUUUCGAUUUCGACAAGUGCAGAGCAGCCAUUUUAUAAUCCUGGUAUUUUACCAGGACUAAAAUGUAGAGACUGAGUCCAGUAAGCAAGAAAUCAUUAAUACAACGUUGCUACAAUAAUAUUGAAAAACUUGUAAUAUUGUCAAAUAUAUAGUGUUUAAUAUUGUAUCAAACAUUAUUAUGAACAUACUUUGACCGCGAUUUGGAAGU